UUGACAUUUGUCAGUAUAUUGUUAUAAAAUCGAUUAAAAAAUUGCAAAAUGAUUCGUUUAUCUAAAAAUAUUAUACCUACGGUAACAAAAACAUUAUUAAGAAGAACUAAUCUGUCCCAAAAGCCAAGUAUAUUGGUGUUUUUCCACGGACAAAGGUUACUUUCAGAUACAACUGCAUCAGGCAAAUUUUCUGUUCAACAUGAAGACUUUGGGCGACCAUUAUAUUUCGAUGCUCAAGCCACAACACCUAUUGAUCCACGAGUUCUUGAUGCCAUGUUACCAUACCUCGUAAGUUAUCAUGGUAAUCCACACUCCAGGACCCAUGCCUAUGGAUGGGAGAGUGAAGCAGCAGUUGAGAAAGCCAGAGAGCAAGUGGCAGAUUUAAUUGGAGCUGAUCCAAAAGAAAUAAUAUUCACAUCAGGAGCAACAGAGUCUAAUAACAUAUCAGUUAAAGGAGUAGCUAGAUUCUAUGGAGCAAGGAAGAAACAUGUUGUUACCACACAAAUUGAACAUAAAUGUGUGUUGGACUCAUGCAGAGCAUUGGAAGGUGAAGGUUUCAAAAUCACAUAUUUGCCUGUAAAGGAAAAUGGAAUAAUUGAUAUGAAUGAAUUGGAAAAAGCUCUCACUCCAGAAACUAGUUUAGUUUCUAUCAUGACUGUCAACAAUGAAAUAGGUGUUAUGCAACCUAUUGCAGAAAUAGGUGCAUUGUGCAAAAGCAAAAAAGUAUAUUUUCAUACUGAUGCAGCCCAAGCAUUAGGAAAAGUACCCAUUGAUGUCAACAAGAUGAACAUUGAUUUGAUGUCCAUUUCGGGACAUAAAGUAUAUGGGCCAAAAGGUGUUGGCGCAUUGUACAUACGGCGGAGGCCUAGAGUGCGAGUUGAGCCCAUUCAAAGCGGAGGUGGACAAGAAAGAGGAAUGCGCAGUGGAACAGUUCCAACCCCACUUGUUGUAGGACUUGGUGCAGCAUGUGAUAUAGCAAAGCGAGAAAUGGCAUAUGAUCAUGCAUGGAUGGAAAAGUUGUCACAGAGAUUCUUAGACAAGAUCUAUUCAAAACUAACUCAUGUCAUUAGGAAUGGAGAUGCAGAAAAAACAUACCCUGGCUGUAUCAACUUGUCUUUCGCUUACGUAGAAGGUGAAUCAUUGCUAAUGGCUCUAAAGGAUAUUGCGUUAUCAAGUGGUUCUGCUUGUACUUCGGCUUCAUUAGAACCAUCAUAUGUAUUGCGCGCAAUUGGAACAGACGAAGACUUGGCACACAGUUCUAUCAGAUUUGGAUUUGGAAGAUUUACAACAAUUGAGGAAGUAGAUUACACAGCUGACAAAACGAUCAAACACGUAGAACGCCUAAGAGAAAUGAGCCCUCUCUGGGAGAUGGUACAAGAAGGAGUAGACAUCAAAACAAUUCAAUGGUCACAGCACUAAAAUAUUAUUUAGUAAUUGUAUAAAAGUUUCUAUUCCGUGAUUAGAUUUAGGUAACUAUGACAGGAUGUAAGGAAAAGAUCUGGUGAUUAUAAUGAAAUGUUGGUUAAUCAUAUGUGUGGAAAGUAAUUAUGUAAAUGUUGCAAUGACUGUCUUGGUAAGAAAUGUAUAAUGUUACAACCAUAAUGUCAUGUUGUUAGUCUGUUGUAUUAAAUAUUAUUUUACAAUAACAAAGAGUAACUAUAACACAGCUUUGUUUCUUUGACCUCAAUUAACAGUAAUAAAAUUAAGUUUGAAAAAUUAGAUAUUGUGUUAUCAUUUGUUUUUUAUUUUGUUUCUGUAAUUAGUUUUGUAUAAUUUAAUGUAUAUGAAUUAAGAAUUUUGCAACUAGCUUGCAAUAAGUAAAAAAUACUCUUUGACCUUGACCUUUAAAACAAGUAUACUGAUUGCACAAUAUCUUCCAAAUAAUAUGAAAGGUGUGAUUCACUGAUAAAGAACAAGUUUCCUUUGCUGUUCCAUCUUAAAUGUUGCAUAGGGCUCUAAAAUGUAUUAAAGAAAAUAUGAUAUUAUUAUGUUAUAAUGCACAUUGUAUAAAAAUAAAGACAGAAUAGAUUAUAUGAAGUCAAUGUUUAAUUCCAAUAUAGUGUAAUACAUAGAAAACCACUUAUUUUUGUUAAAUGUUAAAUAAAGUACAUUAAAAAGUUAGAAUUUAUUAUUUCACUAUAGUCUUUACAGGGAUUGUGAGCAAUAAUAUGAAUUGAAUAGGCCAAAAUAAGUAUAAAAAUAAAUAUUUAAACUAUUGAAGUGAAUACAUGAAUUGCAUUAGCACACCCACUGAAAAUAACCAUACAUCAUUGACAUAUACAUUUUUAUACAUAUUAUACACUUGGCUCGGAAUGAUCAACCUAAUACUGUUAGGCCAUUUCAUUUUAAUACUGAAGUGUAAUUGAUAAAUUAACAAUGAUACAAAUAUUGCUAAGUCAAAUUAUAAAGUAAUAAUUGUACAAAAGAAGAUUCCUAGAUUAAUUAUAAUUGUCAGCAAUAGAGAUUCUGUAAACAAAAACUUCACCCUAAUUCUAAUCCUAUAGACACAUAUUUAAAGCAUAAUUUAUGAUUUAUAUUAUGCAAAUAACUAUAAUACACUUAUCAACACAAAUUAAGUUAAUUAAAGCAACAAAUUGAUUGAUUCAACAACUACAUGAUGGCUCAUCUACUGGGUCAGGAUUUGAUAUCUUGAAACUGUUGUGGUCCAAGGUUUGCAAUUCAAUUCUUGAUCUAUUAGACUCUACCAGUUGCAUUGCAAUAUCUGUAAACAUUUCUUCAAUACCUGUUCCAGUUUUACAUGAAGUUUUAUAAGUGGUGCUGAUAAGAUUGUGGCACUGUUCACU